AUGAAGAGGAUUCGCAGGGGUACUACUAAAGCUUCAUCAUCACGACCUAAUAGACAACGUCCCACGGCCUCAGCGAGGAGACAGAGAGCGGCUCCCCAAGAUCACAUUGAGGAUACUACAGAGGUUGAAGAUAUAGUUCCUACUGAUUAUAGUAAUGUUGACGCAGAGGUUGAAGAUGUAGCUACUGCUCAGGAUAGUAAUGUUGAGGUACAUGCCGAGCCUACUAAGCCAUCUCGAGUAGGUCCCAUUGAUCCAUCUUUACUUACGAGUUUUAAAACUCACAUAGCAGCUACAAUUUGGAAUAACCAGGAACGUGAGCCCCUUAGGUGCAUGUCGAAAACAUCUACCCUUCGUGAGUGGAAUUGGUGGGGUAAUCCAAAUAAUAGUAUAUUCAAAGGGUACAUUCAGAGGUGGCAUCCCGAAACGAACACCUUUCACAUGCCUUUUGGUGAGAUGACCAUCACAUUGGAUGAUGUGUCAUCUAUUUUAGGCAUUCCUGUUUCUGGUGCAGCGGUUGCUCCUCUUGGAGAUGAUGACGACACAAAUUUUGAGUUACACAAUUCAGAGGAGUACAUCAUGUAUUCGGCCAGUGAUAAGAAAUCUCUGUGGCCACCACAGACUCUCUCAAUUUCCUCAUAA